UGGUGAUUUGUGACGUCACCCACCCUUGCACGGGGGCCGAGUCUUUAAAUAGUAGACUAGCAGAGAAACCCCGUGGACUGUUCACAGAAAACUGCGAAGGUUUCGAAGCCGACAUCGCUGAUAUCCACCCCGUCGCACAGUGAGGAGCCAUGAGUGUGGAAUCCAUUGAAAACCUGCUCAAAAAGGCCAAGCUGGCCGAGCAAAUUGAGCGCUAUGACGACAUGGCCGAAGCAAUGAAGUCCGUGGCGGAGCAGGAAGAGAAAGAACUGGACAAUGAUCAGCGUAACUUGCUUUCUGUGGCCUACAAGAAUGUAGUCGGGGUUCGCCGGUCCUCUUGGCGUAUUUUGUCCAGCAUUGAGGGAAUGGGAGACAAAGACAAAAAGCAGGCCUUGGCCAAAGCUUACCGGGAGAAAAUUGAAACAGAGCUGAAAGACAUCUGCCAUGAAGUGCUGGGUCUUUUGGACAACCAUCUCAUUAAAAAAACCAGCGCGCAUGAGAGCAAAGUCUUCUAUUUGAAAAUGAAAGGGGACUACUACCGCUACCUGGCUGAAGUGGCAACAGGAACAGAGAAGGAAGAAAUCAUCAGCAACUCUGAAACUGCCUACCAAAGCGCCUUUGAAGUCUGCAAAGAGAGUUUGCCGAGCACCCACCCAAUCCGCCUUGGACUUGCUCUUAAUUUCUCGGUUUUUUACUAUGAAAUCCGCAACUCACCAACAGAGGCCUGCAAUCUAGCUAAAACUGCUUUCGAUGAUGCCAUUGCAGAUCUUGACUCUCUGGGUGAAGAUUCGUACAAAGAUAGUACACUUAUCAUGCAGCUACUGAGAGACAACUUGACGUUGUGGACCUCUGAAAACCAGACUGUGGAUACAGAAGAACCCAAAGAAUGAGCUAAACCCCUUUGUGUCUUUUUUAGCGAGUUAUCAUCAUCCCAACUCCUCUUCAUCAUGACAACUAAUUGUGAGACCACCUUAACCAUAAUUGUUGUCCAUCUCGCUGCAAAACGGCUCCUUCUUUUUUGUUUGUUGUUAAAACACGUCUCACUUCUGUUGACUAUAUUUUUGGAACGGAUUGAGGGCAUGGGCAUGUCGGGUGUAGAGGACACAUAGUCUAGGUUUAUAUUAUCACGGUGGUGGGUUGGGGAGCACAAUUUCAACUCGUAACUCUAAAAAGCUAGAAAGCAGUUUGCUACCACCAUUUAUAAAGCAACUUACCUCACAAAAUUAAACAUUGGCUGUUUAAAACAAGGUCAAUGAAAGCAUUGCUAAUUAUUAAUGUGUGUAUUUCUAUGUAUCGGUUACAAGAUAUAGAAAUGUUGCAAAAGCAUACAUGUUUUGUGGGUUUGUUUUUUGUUUUUUUACCACAGUGGAAACAAAGCACCUCAUACUCCUAUUUUUUUCAAAUUUGCAUUUUAAGUUCUCCUUUUUGUCAAUUAUGUAAACUGGGAGAGUAGUCAGGUUUGCUAACACUAAUGCAGUUUUAAUUACAUUAAUACAGUUUUCAAGCACCAAAGUACAACUUAUUUUUUUAAUUCAGAGAGGAAAACAUGAACUUCCAUGUGGAAUUGAACACAAUUUAACAUUUUAAUGUUUCCUUACCCAGGCAAUCUAGACAGUAGACUGGAAGGCCGCUUUUUUUUAAUGUCUGCCAAAAUCAACUGUAUUCAAAGGAACAUUAGGCUAUUUCCUAAAAGAUCAUAUUUUUGGAUUGUAAAUGUGGAAUCACACUGAAAUGCAGAAGUCAAAAAGUUGUCUUCCCCUUGUAAUUUGCUGUAAAACUCUUUGAAAUAUAUUUUAGAAACUUUUCCACCCACCCAGCGGAAAUCAUCAAAAUAUUGUCAAUUUGCUGAAAAAUUUUAUAUUUUUAUAACCAAUAUUGAAAAGAGUAAUCUGGUCCUUGAUUUUGUCCUAAAUAUUUUAUGUUAUAAAAGGGUAAGUUUUAUAUUCAAGGUGAUCAUAUAUUAGGAUAUUGGCCAUCUUUUUCACUUUCACAUCCUCUCAUAGAAGAGCUAAGUGGACGAAAAAACUUAAAGGACACAGUUUGCAUGUGUUACCUUUGGUUCUUGACUUAAAGGUGAUGCUGUAUUCUUAUUUAACCAUCAAUAAUGCAUAGGUGACAUUUAUAAAACCAAAAUAAAUCAUCCUCAAGUGGCUUCUGAUUUAUUUAAAAGGAGACGGUGCCAUUCAUAGCUGCAUUGGAAAAUAUUGUUCUAAAAUCAUAUUGCUCAUCUUUGUGCUUUCUAAGUUAUCUUAAUUCUGAACAAAAAAUAUAAAGUACAUUAACGAUUCUGUAAACCUGAGGAACAAAACGGUCUUGACAAAACACAAUAACAACUAGAAAAUGCAGUUUCUGUUGAAACUAUGCUGGUGAUUUCAUCCUGAGCUAAAAUGCUAUAGACGUAAAUUCAUUGACCAGAAACACAAUAUGGAAAAAGUUUCAUGGUACAUUUUAAAAUAUUGGAAAAUGAGGACUUAAUGUGAAAGUAACAAUCCAACAUACUAAGGUUGCAAUGGUAGGAAUCUGAAUUUUGUUUUUAAUUCUGUCCCUCUGUGUUACAAUAAAUGUACCAUCCAAA